AUGCUCAACAUAGUCAUUUUACUACUAGCAAUUUCGCCCAACAUUAUUGCCAUAAUCGAGUACGAUAAUUCAAUACAAGGACAACCGGAAAUCGCGUGCACGAAUAGCGGCGCGACACUCAAAGUUGAGACGGUCAAAGGCGCGCCGUCGCACGUCUUCAUCAAAGGCCAUUUCAGAAAGGAGGGAUGCUCAUUCUCGAACACGAGUCUCGCGAGCUUCGAGUUCUCGCAAUGCGAUGUCGCGCGAAAACGCGAGGUCAAUCCCAAGGGAAUCGCCUACAGUAUGACGGUCGUGGUGCAAUUGCACCCGUUGUUCACCACGAGGGUGGAUCGCGCCUACAGUGUGCACUGCUUCUAUCAGGAAACUGAAAAGGUCGUCGGCGCCGAGGUGUCGGUUAGCGAUCCGACGCCGACAUUGAUGAGCAUCGAGAGCGAGCAGCCGACGUGCACGUACACAAUUCACAAGGGCUCCCCAAACGGGCCGUUGGCGAAAUUCGCCCAGCUUGGCGACGUGAUCUAUCAUGUUUGGGAGUGCCCGAGCAAGACCUAUGAGAUGUUCGUUCACGAUUGCUCUGUGGUUGACGUCGAGAAUAGCAAUAACAAAAAAGUGAUUGACGAGAAGGGAUGCUCUGAGGACGUCUUCAUUAUGCCAAAUAUAGUUUACAAUGACAAUCGGACCAAGGCUUUUGUCAGCUCGAACGCCUUCAACUUUCCGGACCAGAUGAGUGUCCGAUUCAAUUGUCAAAUUCAGAUUUGCCCGUCGAUAAGCACAUCGUGCUAUCAGCCAAAUUGCAAUGGCGAGGCCUCUUCUGUUGAUGAGACGACUAGUGAGCCGAUUGACGGAAUUUUGGCGCGUGAUGAGCUCAUCACUACGCCGCUGCCGCCGGUCACCGCCACUGUUGAGGAGACGACGACGACUAGUACGACCACCACAAGCACUACCACGACAGCUACAACGACAGCAUCGACAACAGCACAUCGCGUUUUGGAGUCGAGCACAACCGUCACAUUGCCGACCGGUUUCCCGACUCCCGACAAUCUUUUCAUGCUUCUCAAAAAAAUCAAAAACGCGACAAGCGAAUUAGAAUUGGACGUCGAGGGCUCGGGUCUCGAAAUCGCGACGACCGAUGAGCCGAGAACGACGAAACGCGAAAUUCGAAGGAGAGAUGCGAUCGACGUCGACAUCUCAUCGCCAGAUUUAAUGAUUAUUGAUAGAGAUUUUGUUAAUGAGCUUCCAGCACCGUUGGAGCAAUUCGCCGAGGCGAAGGGUCUCGAAGCGAAUUCGAAAUCGAUUUGCCUUCCAUUCUUCAUUGUCUGGAUCCUAGUGGGACUUGUGAUUUUCGCGCUUUCAAUCACAUUCACAGCGUUAUGCUAUUCGAUCAAACAACGCCCAAGUUCAAAACAGAAGAAGGGGGUGUCGACGUCGAUGAAAAGCAAGCCGGGCGCGACGAAAUCGAGGAUGGCCAAUGUUGGCGCGAAGCCGGCAAUGUCAAAGUCGACGCCGGAGCCGGCCAAAGAGGCGAAACCGGCGAAAUCCGACGAAAAAGUCGAUAAACCGCAGCCGGUGGAGAAGAAAAAAGAAAAAAAUGAUGAGAAUGAGAAUAAUAAAGAUGGCUCGAAAAAGGACGCGAACGAUAAGGAACAAGGAAAAGACACUCUUGCAAACGAGGAUUUGAUGAUUUCGCAGAAAUCGGUGAAAUUGUACGCGAAAGAUUUGCCGAAAUUGGAUAGCACGGUUAUGGAAAAUGUCACAACGCCGGCGGUUCACGAGCGCGCUCAAAAAAUCGCCGCCGACAAAUUGAUAAUCGAUCCGAAGCACACGAGUUACGGCGGAAAUAUCGAUGCGGAAAAUGAGAAACAGGCGAAAUUGUCAAAAUUCGCCGACGAUCUGAAAAAGAAGCAGGAGGACGAAAUGAAGGAUGUGACGUCGAAACGAAUACUCAAAAAUAAUAUGCGGGUAAAAGUAAAAGAGGAAAAAUGUAUAUUAUAUGAGACAAAUGAGAUUCCGACGGAUGAUGAUGAAGAGGAAGCGAACAACGAUGCCGGAUAA